AGGAGGAGGCACCAUUGAUGGGUGACGGCGGAUGGGAGUACGCCCCGCUCUUCAACCUGCGGUUCCACGCCCACGAGCGCAAGAUGGACCUGGUGAGGCGCCGGCGGUGGCACCGGAAGAUGGUCCCGGACGCCGAGGCCCUCGUGCCUGGGCAGCUGCAGUUCGCGCUCUCGGAGGAAGGAGGCGAAGCGAAGGAAGGAGUCGGCAUGGCCAGUCCCCGCAUGUACCUCCAGUACAAGCAGCAGCACAAGUACCAACUGAGAGCCUACGUCUACCAGGCGCGCCACCUCCUUGCAGGCGACAAGACCGGCUUCUCCGAUCCCUACGCCGCCGUGUCCUUCCUGACCCAGAGCCGCCAGACCGAGUCGAUAUCCGAGACCCUGAGCCCCACCUGGGACCAGACUCUGAUCCUCGACGACGUCCUCAUCGUCGGGCCGCCCGAGGCCCUCGCCGCCAACCCGCCCUUCGUCAUCGUGGAGCUCUUCGAUCACGAUGCUUACGGCAGCCCGGAGUUCCUGGGCCGCGCGAUGGUGCGCCCGAGGGUGCAGCUCCGGCCGAACCAGGCCGUGUCGCCGCGCCUGGAGUGGCACGGGAUCCAGAAGGGAGCGCGGGACGGCGGGGAGCUCCUGGCCUCCUUCGAGCUCUUCCUCAAGGACGGGGCGUCGGAGCUGCCGUUCCUGCCGCCGAAGAAGGGAGAGCUCUUCAUCGUGCCCAGCGGGAUCCGGCCCAUCGUUCAGAGGACGGCCGUCGAG